CUGGAUGUCUUGAUACGGGUGCGUCCCCGGUGCGCACGGCGACGGGCGCGACUUGGUGAGACUGAGAGCACCCGCCACACGACUUCACUCGAGAGAAGACGGAAGUAUACGAAUUCAAAGCCAAUUUCGCUCCUGAAUCAAUUCCAAUCUUCUCAGUCUGCGAAACGAGAUGCUCAUGUGGAAACGCACUGUGUGGUAGGUAGGAGGCUGGCGAUCUGACUAGGUCACUCUCGCCCCCCCCCCCCCAUGGAUCAACGUGCUGUGGUACAGUAGGUUCCCUGCAUCUUUUGAAACACAAUGGCACCAAAUCCAGUAAUCCAGGCGAUCAUUGACUUCACAGCUGGAGCUUUAGGUGGGACGGCGUGCGUGCUGAGCGGUCAACCUUUUGACACGGCCAAGGUGAAGAUGCAGACAUUCCCCACCAUGUACCGGGGCUUCGUCCACUGCUUUGUGUCGAACUACAGACAGGUGGGACUCCGGGGUCUCUACAAAGGCACGACACCGGCGCUCAUAGCCAACAUCAGUGAGAACGCUGUGCUAUUCUUGAGUUACGGCCUCUGCCAGGACGCCGUCCACUUCUUGUCCGGGAUUGACAAGGGGACGGAACUCAGUGACGUACAGAAGGCAUCAGCGGGGUCUUUAGCCUCCGUCUUCUCCGCCAUGGCGUUAUGCCCCACCGAGCUGGUGAAAUGUCGCUUGCAGGCCAUGCACGAAAUGGAAGCGUCUGGCAAGAUCGCAGGUGGACAAAGGAGCACAGUGUGGACAGUAGUGAAGACGGUCCUGAAGGCAAACGGUCCCCUGGGUUUCUACCAAGGACUGACCUCCACCAUCGUCAGGGAGAUGCCGGGUUACUUCUGCUUCUUCGGGGCCUAUGAACUGUGUCGGUCUGAAUUCGCACAGUACAUGGGCACGGAGAAGGACGGCAUAGGUAUUCUUCCGCUCAUGUUCAGUGGUGGAUUUGGCGGCGCUUGUCUUUGGUUGGUGGUCUAUCCCAUAGACUGUGUGAAGUCCAGGAUCCAGGUGUACUCCUUAGCUGGGAGGCAAGAAGGCUUCAUGAAAACCUUCCUUGGUGUCAUACGCACCGAAGGGUUCACUGCUCUGUACUCGGGCCUGACCCCCACCAUGAUACGCACCUUCCCUGCCAACGGAGCACUCUUCCUGGCUUAUGAGUUUAGUCGCAAGUCUAUGAUGGAGCGAGUUGGUACCUGAUGUGGAGGAUCGUUCUAACUUAAAGCGAGUAUUGGGCUGAAACUCUUAAGACGAGUCUUCUCAGGCACCAAGCAAGGUCAUCUCAUCUAUGGCAGGCCAAAACAAUCAGUGAGCAGCAGAAGUCUCUCUCGAGGGCUCAUAGUCGUGGGGAGAUGAAGACAUUAAUCAAAGCUAAAUACACUACAGAGACCGGGGAUGGGCAGACUGUCUUCGGACGCGAUUCACUGUGAACCUGUUGAUCUGUGUAGCGAACCGGAAGUCUCCUCAAUAUUGAGCUCUUAAAAUAAACACUUCUGCUUAAGACAUCCACGGUUUCCGUCUCCCUGAAUCAGCCUCCAAUCCAUCAAUUAGUCCAUUUCAAGGAUUAUAAAUGCAUUUUAAAAGUCCUGAAAGAGGCUGCGGUCGAUCCCACAAUGGGAAGUUUGGGGAAAGGAGCACUGGCCUUUAAGGGAUGAAUAAUCACAAAGAAUUAAGAUUUGCAUCUCAUGAUAUAAUAUAAACCAAAUUCAGCCUCACCCUGUCAAGAUUAUGGAGCAGGACCCAAAAGCAGACAAGCAAACUACAAAACAGGAACCAAAGAACUAAACCGAACCUCAGGGAACAAGACCGGAGCGACACAGGCGAACUGAUCGGGAACAGAACAACGCAGGGCCGAAAUGUAGCAGACGAACUGAGAUGGAUGUAUGAGGGGCGCACAGAGACUAGAUGCACAAGGGAAGCAGGGAUGAUUGAACAUAGGUGAAACACACUGGGGUCAGGUAAAGACCAUCACUGGGGGUGGGAGACACAAGUAAAUUAAAGUGACAGAAAGCAAGAGACAGGAGAACAGGAAAUUAAUUUCAAAAUAAAGCCGAAAACAAAAAACUCAGAUUGAACAAGCACAAGGGAUAACAAAGGGGGAAACUUACCUUAGACAGAGAGACACAGGGAAGAGUAACUCAGAGCAUAAAUAAACAAUAGUCCACAAAGAAAAGUCUUUUAAGAGUUCAAUGGUCCAACAGGAGUUUGUGAUCCUGGCGGAUCAUGACAAACCUCAAAUCAAAAGUGUACACAGAUUCACAUAUUUAAAUCAGUUGCAUUUCAAAAUCUUCAGUAUACGAAAAUAUUUUAAUUGAGUCUGUUGUGUGUAGCUUUUUAAACAAGUGCAGCUGUAAUUCAUGCGCCGAUCUUACAGUGAGCUGGCCUGUCGUGUGGUCACGUAUCAAGUUACAGUUAAUUAACGGGACGUCACUGAAAAACGAUGAAAAUGAGCUGCUCACAUGUCAGUUCUUGUGACUCACACAGACACACACACACACACACACACACACACACUCUGUGUGUUGUGAGUAUUGUACAGCUUCACAACAUUUACUGUGUAGACAGGCUGUUUUACAUGACUUAUUACUGUAUGUAUUAAUUUUAAUAGUAUUACUAUUACUGUUACACAACAGCACUAUUAGUACAUAUGAAAUGUAUGAUUCAUUUGAUUUCUCCUUCUCUUCCCGCAGUUCCUCUCUCUGUGUAUGUCCCCUUGUCCUGUUUGUUUAAUACGUUUUUCUUUUACUUCCAUACAAUAUGUUCUUUUUAACCAGGGUAAUCCUACUGUGAAAUAUUUUCCUAGUUUGUACACAAUUUUACAUGAGGUACGAAACGUACCGGCUCUCAUGUUUCACGACAUGGAUGCCACCUAUUGUUUUAUUCAUAACCCGCCCUCAGACAGGUGUCAGACUCCUGGACGUGAACGUACGAGUAUAAUGGGUAAAGGCACAAGGCUCCACUAUGAGCUUUCCAACACAUGAGCCCCGCAUGAGGCUGGCUGGGCUCUGUGGUUCAUGUUACCUGUCGGCAUCCAAUAAAGUGAGUCCUACCAGGUGGGAGUAUGAGUUUAUGUGCGUGUGUGUGUGUGUGUGUGUGUGUGUGUGUAUGUGUGCGUGUGUGUGUCAGUGUGUGUGUGUGUGUGUGUGUGUGGCUCAUGGAAAAGACGCAAAGUAAUGAGGGAAGGGAGACAGACCACACCCCCAGGGGAGAGGAGACGGGUAAACAAGAGCAGCUCUGGCUCACUGGCCCCAUCACACAGAGAACACACUCACACUAAUGAUCUCAACAGCGUCCAGCACGGCAGAGAUGGUUACGCAAGGCAAACUUCAGAUCAGCGCCGAGGAGAUUAUCGAAG